AUGGACAGCUGUACAGACCGAACUUUUGGACCCGCAUGUCUUUUGGCUGGGAAGAGGCUCACCUUGUCAGCUUGCCGUCUGCUUCCAGUGGCGUGGAAACAGAGAUUCCCCAGCAGAUAUAUUGGCACUGCUACUCCACUGCGUGCUAAAGCCCGAAUUCAACAGAAGAAGAGGACAGUUUCCGAAAAGAAGCUGACUCGCCACUUUGUUGACUACAAACGUGUGCGGCUUGUAGCCGGUUCGGGUGGAAAAGGGGCCUGCUGCUUUCACAGUGAGCCUCGCAAAGAGUGGGGUGGGCCUGAUGGAGGAAAUGGGGGUGAUGGAGGAAACAUCUCCUUCAAGGCUGAUCGAAUGGUCAAGUCUCUGGCUGAAGUAAUUUCAGUAUACACGGCAGAAGAUGGACAACCCGGAGGGAGCAAGAACUGCUAUGGUCGGAAUGGACGCUCAACCAUUAUUUCUGUUCCAAUUGGCACUGUUGUGAAGGAGCAAGGCAAGGCACUAGUUGAUCUUUCUGAGAAUGGCCAAGUUUAUCUGGCAGUAUUUGGAGGGGCCGGAGGUAAAGGGAACAGGUUUUUUCUCUCCAAUGAGAAUCGCGCUCCAAUGACUGCAACCCCUGGAACUGAGGGCCAAGAGAGAGUCCUUCAAUUAGAACUGCGCACUAUGGCCCAUGCUGGACUGGUCGGUUUUCCAAAUGCUGGCAAAUCCUCUCUAUUGAGAGCCAUCUCCAAUGCCAGGCCUGCUGUGGCUGCUUACCCUUUCACAACUCUCAACCCACAUGUCGGGAUUGUAAAAUACAGAGAUCAUGAGCAAGUUGCAGUUGCUGACAUCCCAGGCAUCAUUCAAGGAGCACACCUAAAUCGAGGGUUGGGCAUCUCUUUCCUGCGGCACAUUGAGCGUUGCAGAUUCCUCCUCUUUGUUCUGGACUUGUCCUCUCCAGACCCCUGGAGCCAGCUCCAACACCUGCGCUAUGAACUGGAUCAGUAUGACCCUGGUCUGUCUCGGCGGCCUCAUGCCAUCAUAGCAAACAAAAUAGACCUACCCCAAGCCCGGGAGAACUUAAAGACUUUAAAGAGCCAUGUAACUCAGAGAAUCAUUCCUGUGUCAGCUGUGACAGGGCAGAACACAGAAGAACUCAUCCUUCACCUUAGAGAGCUUUAUGAUGGCUAUCUACAUGGAAAUGGUAGCACAGAGAAAGGAAAGAUCGUCAGGUGGUGA